AUGGAUGUUCUUCCAGAGGACGUCUUGAUGCAGAUCUUGGUGAGAUUACCUGUGAAAUGUUUGUUCCGAUUCAGAUGCGUUAGCAAAUCUUGGUGCUCUUUGAUCAAAAGCCCCCAUUUCGCUGGAUUGCAUGUCAGACGAGCCAAGAGUGGUAAUCAGGAAGAUGUCAUCCUAGUGAAGCGCUUCAUCAAAAAUGAGAGAAAAACUGUGUUGUCACUCCAUUCAAAUGAUGAAUCUUUAUCUCUCCAGGUUAUGGCCCCUGAUUUUGAGGUACCAUACUCAACUGACUACGAUAUGCAUUUGGUGAGCACAUGCCAUGGCAUAAUAUGUCUUAGAAAUAAUGCAUGUAAUGAUAUUUAUUUGUGUAAUCCUACAACUCGAGAGUUUCUUACACUCCCAGGUAGUCCCUUUCGUUGCCCUCAAGGGUAUCGGCGCCUGCUGGCUGAUUUGGGGUUUGGGUUUGAUGCAAUUAGUGACGAUUACAAAAUCAUCACUUUUAUAGAAAUUGCUCCUCGUGAAUACAAUGGUGAUCUUUAUCCCUGCAAAGCUGAAAUAUACAGUCUCAGUAAUAAUUUUUGGAGAGAACUCGAUAUAAAUGUCACCAUGUCGGACAUGAUAUAUAACAACCUGCGCUUCUCUGUUCAAUUUAAUGGCUGCUUCCAUUGGUGCACAGUGUUAACUGAUUCUUUUGUUUACAAGAUCCUUUCUUUUGACAUGGGCACUGAGCAAUUUCUAGAAAUUCAAUACCCUGAUGGAGUAGUAAACCCUGAAGAAGAAUUUGGCAUGCAGAAACUCACUGUCUUAGACAAUUCACUUGCCAUGAUAUGCUAUGCUAUUCCAGAGACGCAAAUUUCGGAUCAACAUUUUGACAUAUGGGUGAUGACGGAGUACGGUGUGCAAGAGUCUUGGGAUAAAAAGUUUUCCAUAGGACCACUUUCAGGAAUCGAGAGCCCAUUAUCUUCAUGGAACAAUGAUAAACUGCUUUGGGAAAUGAGCAAUGGACAGUUGGCUUCAUGUGCUAUCCUAGGUGAUAAUCGAGGAAGUCUUACAAAAUACAACAUUCAUGGGUUUCCAACCAGUCUGCAAGCUGAUAUUUAUCAUGAAAGUUUGGUUGCUCUUGGUGAAGUAUGCGGUCAUCGAAUGAAUUGA